CUUAAAGAAGAAGAUCCGAGCGAUACAGAGAGUCUAGCAGCAAUUUGUCCUUCAGGGGAGGAGAUCAUACAUCUGGACCUGGAGAAGCUGCAGGCCGGAGGUCUGGGGUUCUCUGUGAUUGGAGGAGAGAGGGGGAUCUUUGUGAAGUCCAUCACCCCGGGAGGACUAGCAGAGACCUCCAGGGAACUGCAAGUGGGAGACCGGCUGCUGAAAGUGAAAGAGGAACUCAUGACCGGCGUGUCCCACACCAAAGCCGUCACCACCAUCCGUAAAGCUAAAGGCCCGGUGCAUCUCAUCGUGUCCAGACCGCCCGACCAGAACCCAAACACCUACAUGGCCUAUCUGCCCAUCAACUCGGACAAGUGCAAUGGAAACACAGAUGUGAGUGAGGACAGUGGAGCAAAGACUCUGUUUCCUCUCCGUAAUGAGCUGAAACCCGGCAGCUGCCCUGUUCUACCACCAAUAGACUAUGAAGAGGAUCCACUCGGACACAAGAGAGAGACGCAGCACAGCGCAGAGCUUUCCGAGGACACCGACUGCGACGGCUCUUCUUUACCCGAAGACUCCCCUGAGAGUUCCAGGGAAGUGGAAGUGGAAGACGAUCCGAGGAAUGAAAACUAUCUGCAAAUGAGUGUUGGACAGCAGGAGGAAGAUGAGAUCACGUGGGGGAGUGAUGAGCUGCCAAUUGAAAACAUGAACUCUGAAUCGAGAGACGACGAGCCAAUCAUCACCGAGGAUGAGCUGACCUCUUUGCCCCUCAUCAAGGUGGUCCCCGAUGGCCAGUACACGGGCCCGCAUCUCAACACUGUGGUCCGCAUGAUGAGGGGCCUUCUGGAGCAGAAGGUCCCGCUGCAGGAGUUCGAUAAUCUUCAGAACCUCCAGCCGCUGGACGACUGUUUGAUCGGUCAUACGAAGGAGAACAAGAAGAAGAACCGCUACAAGAACAUCGUUCCCUUCGACACGACUCGAGUUGUGCUGGGCCGAGACGGCGGCUACAUCAACGCCAACUUCAUCAACAUGUCCGUGAAGGAGGAGAACUACAUGUACAUCGCAUGUCAGGGGCCCUUACCCACGACUCUGGGGGACUUUUGGCAAAUGGUCUGGGAGCAGAAGUCCAACGUCAUCGCCAUGAUGACCCAGGAAGUCGAGGGCGGGAAGGUGAAAUGUCAGCGGUACUGGCCGGACACGCCGAGGACGGCGGAGAUGGUGGACGACCGGUUGCAGAUCACGCUGAUCAAAGACCAAUACCUCGACAACUUCGUCAUCCGACUCAUUGAAGUCAAAGAUGUCCAGACCAAUGAGAUACAGCACGUGACUCAUCUGAACUACACGGGCUGGCCGGACCACGGGACGCCCGAGCAGCCCGAGCAGCUGCUCACCUUCAUUUCCUACAUGAGGCACGUCCACCGAUCGGGGCCCAUCGUCUCCCACUGCAGCGCGGGCAUCGGCCGAUCGGGAACCCUCAUCUGUAUCGACGUGGUCCUGGGUCUCAUCAGUAAAGACGCCGAUUUUGACCUUUCAGAUGUGGUCAGGAACAUGAGGCUUCAGAGGCAGAGAAUGAUCCAGACAGAGGAGCAAUAUGUGUUCUACUAUCAAGUGAUCCUGUACGUCCUCAGAUGCCUUCAAGCGGAGGAAAACAUCUCUGGAUAGUCGCCGUCGUAAAGAGACUGAGUCACACAGAUCAAAACAAAAGUGGAGGAGCGUUGACACCGGCAGAAAUUGCCAAAUUACAUUCCAUGUUUUUUUUAAAUGCCUUAAAAUAUCCAGUUCCUUGAGAGUACAUCCUUUUAAAGAAGUCUAUAUUUUUAUGUUUUCUUUUUGAGUGCUCUCUCCCUCUAUCUUUCUCUCUUUCUCGCUCUCAUUGGCUGCUACUACUUUUCAAUGCAUUUAUGAGAACUGCUGAUUGUAUUUUCUUAUUGUCCCCCACAAGAGAACACUAAUAUAUAUUUAUUUUUUCACAAAUUCUUGGAUAUUUUAAAAAUAGUAAUGAAAGUGAUAAAUGAUUUCAUAUAUUAUGUGGAACAAAACUGUACUUGUGUAUUUUGAAUCCUACUUUGAUGCUGGAAUAUGCCUUGACAGAAUACUAUGUCAGUAUUUGCUUUGUAAAUCUAUUAUACAGUCAUUGCUUACUGCCUGAGGUAAAUGAUGAAAUUAAAAGUGUACAUAUUCAUCUCCUGAAAAUUAAACUGCCUACAUUUUAAGUGGAA